CAAGUUAUCUUGUACGUUGCGCGAAACAGAUCUGACGGCAGAGCUGAGUAAGCGUUGCGCAUCAACUUACCGAAGAGGACGACUACAAUGGUUACGACAUUCCUAAGGGCGCGACAGCCAUACCGAACAUUUGGGCUAUGUCGCGCGACGAUGCAAUAUACGAGGACCCUGACGACUUCAAGCCAGAACGCUUCUUUGAACUUGAACCAGAUUUGGCAGAGCUUCGCGAUCCCCGCAAGAUUGUAUUCGGGCACGGAGGCGGUAUGCUUCGCUUUCUUGGCUUUGCUUAGUCGGCUCAUGUACUCCUUCCAAUCUUAUAGUAUAUGUCCCGGACGUUUUCUGGGUGACAGCAACGCGUGGCUUGUCAUGGCUAGCGUCAUAGCCACCUUUCAUAUUGACAAAGCGCACGAUUUAGUGGGACGAGAGAUCACUCCUCCACUUGAGUUUACUUCUGGCUUCGUCAGACGUCCCAAACAUUUCGUCUGUGACAUCCGACCUCGAUCGAGAGAAGUGAACAGCUCAUAGCUCGCAGCUCUCAAGAUGGUGCUGUAUGAAGUGCUUCCGGCAGGGACGAAUGGUCUUCGCCUAUCACAGACCCCGGGUUGCGAACAUGUAUGCCACGCUGCCUUCUUGUCAAACGUGCCAUAGAUUCUUGCAAUGUGGAGG